AUGCAUGUUUGCGAUCCCUCGGUGGUAAGAGGAGAUUUUCGUUUCAACGAUCGUUCCUACAAAUUUGCAUUGUUCUAUACGGGUGCUCCAUUUGAUAUCUCGAAGUUCAAUCAAAUUGGUGUAGCUUUUUCAAAUUCUCUUGUAUCAGCUGAUUGGAUUCGAUACCCGUAUCCACUGAUUCGCCAUCCUGACAUCCUUAUGAUUGGAAGUACCUCAUAUAUCGACAAAGAGAAAAUUGGUAACAUUCGAGAUCCGCAACAGCCUUUUGGAGUCGCUCAACCGACGGCCACGUCAGUGUCUGGAGGUGUAGUGCUUCUGGCGUAUACCGUAGGAGACCGGUAUGGUACUCGAGCAGAAGUGCGAACUGUGGAUUUGUCACAUCUAGAUAAAGCACCUCAAGUCUCGACAUAUAGACUUAUUACAACAAAUGGACUUAUCGAUCCAAUACAUGUUGUAUUAAAUAAUUUUGAUAUGACAUAUGAUUCAGUCUUAGAUCACUUCUACAUUAUCCGCGACGGAUACCCGCAAUUCGGUGGAACUAGUCCGGACUUCUUAUCCCGUUCAGUCGAGCUAGCCUCAAUUUCAGCAGCGGCAAUGUGGUCGAACAAAACAUGUCAUUAUAAUUGGACAUCUUGGGGACGAAUCAAUACAGUACAACUCUCAAAUGCAAAACGUAUUCAUAAUGCUGGCAUUGUGCGCAAUGAAUGGGGAGGUUUGAUAAAACCAAUAAAAGUUAUGGUGUCUGACGCGAUAGAGUCCAAUAACUUUUAUACAUGGUUAUUCUCGAAGCGUUUACGUUUAAUCCAGUUGAAAUAA